AAAAUGUUGUCUUUAUUUAAAUGAUAUCAUAUGAGAGCAUGGGGGCGGAAUCGGCAGUUUCGAUCCAUUUAUGUGGGAGUGUGGGAACAAGUGCAAAGUCGAAAUAGUAGUUUCUUAAUAAUAAAAAAAAGAUUUUUAUUAUAAUCUAAACAGUACAAAAGUUUUAAUUAUUUAAAACCGUUAUAAAAAUUUUUAAACCUUAGUAACCUUAAGUAAUAUACUCGAUGCAAUAAAAAAAUUUUUAAAUUAUUGUUAUCAUUAUUUUUAGAGUAUAAUUUUUAAAUAUUAAAUUAUUUAAUAAAAUAUUAAUUAUUUGUUAAUAUGAAUAUGAUUUCAUUGAACUUUGUCAUGUUAAAGAAAUAUAUCCUUUUAUUUAUAUUUAUGCUGAGUCAAGUUAAUAGUGAAGAAGAUCAUUUAUAUAGUGUACAGUAUACUAAAGAUAAUUUUUCAACAGAAAUUCAAAAGAAAAAUCAUCUUGUCAUGUUUUAUGCACCUUGGUGUGGUCAUUGUCAAAGACUGGAACCUAUUUGGGAACAAAUAGCUAAAAUGUCAUAUAAUGAAGAUAGUAAUGUAAAAAUUGCUAAAGUAGAUUGUACUACAGAUAGUAAUUUAUGUGCAGAACAUGAUGUUACUGGUUAUCCUACAUUGAAAUUCUUUAAAGCUGGAGAAGCUAAAGGUAUUAAGUUUAAAGGUACAAGAGACUUAAUAUCUUUAAUAUCUUUUCUUACUGAUCAUUUAGGUAUUACUUUUGGGAGUGAAAAUAUUAUACCAUCACCUCCUGAAGCAGUAAAUGGUUUAUUAGAAUUAACAGAAGAUAAUUUUGAUAAACAUGUGUCUAGUGGUUAUCAUUUUGUAAAAUUUUAUGCACCUUGGUGUGGCCAUUGUCAAAAAUUAGCUCCUACUUGGGAAGAAUUAGCUAAUAGUUUACGUAAUGAUAAUUAUGUUAGCAUUUCUAAAGUAGAUUGUACUCAGCAUCGUAGUGUUUGUGGACAAUUUGAUAUAAAAGGAUAUCCAACUCUGCUUUGGAUUGAAGAUGGAAAGAAGGUAGAUAAAUAUACUGGACAACGUACUCAUGAAGAAUUAAAAGCUUAUGUAUCAAAAAUGCUUGAAAAAGAAAAUGACCAAAUGGAUACUAAGACUGAUAAUUCAGAUAGUACAACUCAUGCUGUACUUAGUUUAACUGGUGAAAGUUUUAAACAUGGUAUCGAAAACGGUAUUUCGUUCGUUAAAUUUUUCGCACCUUGGUGUGGGCAUUGUAAACGUUUAGCGCCUAUUUGGAAAGAUCUGGGGAAGAAAUUUUUGACAAAUGAAAAUGUGAAAAUAGUCAAAGUAGAUUGUACUCUUGAUAUAAGUAAAGAAUUGUGUAAUGAACAAGAAGUAGAUGGUUUUCCAACAUUAUAUUUAUAUCGUGACGGACUUAAAGUUUCCGAGUAUAAUGGUGCUCGAAAUUUGGACGAUCUUUACGAAUUUAUAAUGACCUAUGUACAGCCACAUGAUGAAUUAUAAUUAUACUUAUUUUUUUUGUAAUUUAAUUUUAAAGCAAUAAUUUAAGCUGGAUAUAAUUAAGUUUUGGAUAUAAUAGCGUAUGUAAUAUUUAAUUUAAUUAUAUAUAAAUGUAAGAAAUAUCGCAUAAAAAUUCUUAAAUAUCCAAAUCAUAUAUUUUUUGUUUUUAUUUUAUAUAAAAAAUAUUUUUGUGUAAACGAAUCGUGUACUUCCAAGAUAUAUGUAUAAAAUUUGUGUUUGAUGUGUUUCAAUCAAGCAUUAAUCAUUAAAAAAUUUUGAAUAUAAUAA